UCAGUCUUGUUUAGCUUAGAUAUACUUUUUCUCCAGAUAUUCUCGCGUUAUCUUUAUUAUUAUCACAUUUCGUCCCUCUCUUACGAUAAAUAGAGCCAUCCUGAUAACCCAAGCUGUUUAUUACAACCGGCGACGUGAACAGUAGCAAACGAUUGGUUAUGGCGAGUCUAUUGCUGAGGAAGACUCCCUGCGUUUCCCAGUUCCAGAUGGCGAGGCACUUGGUGACCGAUCCGAAGUACGGAUUUUUGAAGGAAUUAGGCAUCACCGCCGUAAAUCCUGGACUUUACGAUGGAAAGUGGGGUGGAUCUGGCGAGGUGAUAGAGUCGAUAUCGCCCGCAACCGGCAAAGUGAUCGCGAAGAUUCGCCAGUCCACGCCGCAAGAAGCCAGCAAUGCUAUCACGGAAGCGCGCAAAGCUUGGUCACAAUGGGCAUCCAUCCCGGCGCCAGCGAGAGGAGAGAUUGUACGGCAAAUAGGAGACGAACUCAGAAAAAACCUGAAGCCAUUGGGACGUUUAGUAUCGUUGGAAAUGGGGAAGAUACUACCGGAGGGCAUAGGCGAAGUCCAGGAAUUCAUCGACAUAUGCGAUUACGCGGUCGGACUGUCGCGUAUGUUACCCGGCAGCAUAUUCCCUUCAGAGAGGAAAGACCACGCGCUGCUGGAGAAAUGGAAUCCCUUGGGUGUAGUCGGCAUUAUCUCUGCAUUUAACUUCCCCAUAGCAGUGUACGGUUGGAACACUGCCAUUGCAAUGGUCUGCGGUAACGCUAUCGUCUGGAAAGGUGCCUUGACCACGCCUUUAGUAGCCAUCGCAACCACGAAGAUAAUUGUGGACGUCUUGGAACGCAACGGCAUCCCAGGUUCCGUCGCGUCAUUGGUGUCAGGUGGGCCAGAUGUCGGAGAGACUUUGGUGAAUGAUAAACGGAUACCUCUGGUUUCAUUUACCGGAAGCACGAACGUGGGGAGACAAGUGGCUGUUAAAGUCCAACAAAGAUUCGGAAAGUCCUUGCUGGAACUCGGUGGUAACAACGCGUUAAUAGUUGCGCAAGAUGCAGAUUUGGAAAUGGCAGUGAGAGCGGCUGUCUUCUCAUGCGUUGGAACAGCUGGACAAAGAUGCACCACAACCAGAAGAUUGAUAUUACACCAAAAGAUAAAACAGGAAUUUUUAGGGAAACUAAAGGCGGCAUAUAAGAGUAUCCUGGGACGAAUUGGAGACCCAUUGGACGACGGUGUGCUGUAUGGGCCGUUGCACAAUCAAAAAGCGGUUGAUGAGUACCAGGCGGCAAUAAAAAAAGCCGUGGAGGCCGGUGGCACGAUAGAGUUCGGUGGAAAACAAGUAGAGCGGCCCGGUUAUUACGUGGAGCCGACCAUCAUCUCGGGUCUACCAGCCGACGCCGAGGUGGUGCAACAGGAGACCUUUGCUCCGAUCGUCUACAUCUUGGAGGCUAAUUCUCUGGAAGAAGCCAUCAAUCUCAACAACGGCGUGGAACAAGGAUUGAGCAGUAGUCUUUUUACUAAAAGUAUCGGAAAUGUAUUUCAGUGGAUCGGCCCUCACGGAUCGGAUUGCGGGAUAGUCAACGUCAACAUCGGCACCAGCGGCGCCGAGAUAGGCGGUGCGUUUGGCGGCGAGAAGGCCACGGGCGGUGGUCGAGAAAGCGGAAGCGACGCAUGGAAGCAUUACAUGCGACGCGCGACAAUCACGAUCAAUCAUGGGAACGAACUACCCUUAGCUCAGGGCAUCAAGUUCGAAUAGAUAGAUCUGGCGUUCGAGUAAAUCAACGGUUUAACUCGAAUCGUAUAAAAUCCACCUCGAUGUCGACGGAGGCUUUUUUGUGAAAUUUAUAGGCUCUCGGUAGAUCGUAUCUGAGUUCGGCCACUACUGUUCCCUUCGCGCCGAGCUGCGCCGCUCUCGAGAGAACAUAAUCACGCGUACUGCUUUUGUGCAGCGAAUAAACUACGCUGGACGAGAGUCGAAUCGCCACCUCUAGAAAUUUCAUGUCGAUACCGGCGUUGUUUUUAGUGCCAAACGGUGGAUUCAUUAUGACUGUGUCGAAAUAUUUCUCGAAUUUUCCUGCAACGUAAGAUUCCACAUAUUCGUUUGUACUUUUCAUAAAUACAGUAAAUCAUAUAAUGAGAAUGAUAUGUGUGUAUACAAAAUGAAGUAUGUAACUGAAACCACUUCGUAAAGAACUACUUUGUUUUGGAACGAUUGAUUGUUACAUAUAAAAUACAAUAAAUCAGAUAGAAGUCGUUUAAAAAUUA